CGUGUACUUCCGGUGUAUCUGCGUCCGAGGUCCGUCGUACAUAUAGUUCCCCGAAUCCCACAGUGAAGGUUCCGGUGGGAUCAAGAGUCCUUUUCUGACUGGAUUCUUAUCCAAAUCUGCAGACUGGGGCUUAAUGGUUAUGUCUCUUCUAAUACGGAACCUGCAGCGUGUGAUCCCACUUCGCAGAGCCCCUUUACGCAGAAAUCUAGAGAUUGCCAGAAACUGUCUCAGUGUGGAAAGGUUUGAUGUCGGGGUAAUAUUUGUAAAUAAUACAAAGAUCCAACAGCUGAACAAGCUUUACAGACAACAAGACAAAGCUACAGACGUGUUGUCAUUUCCAUUUCAUGAGAGUUUGUGUCCUGGAUUAUUGCCUGAUCCACCAUUCCCAGAUGAAUACAAUUUAGGAGACAUUUACCUCGGAGUUGAGCUUAUUUAUCAGGAAUGCCAAGAAACAAAGGAACAUUUUAACAAUGUUUUGACUGUGACUGCAGUACAUGGCUUAUGUCACCUGCUUGGUUAUACACAUCACGAUCCAAAAGACUGGAAAAAGAUGUUUGAAAAGGAAAGUGAAGUUCUGAUGGAAAUUAACAGAGCUACUGGAUCUGCACUUAAGCCAUUGUCUUCAGCUUCACCUACCUAUUCUCCAUUUUGCAGCCACAUGUCUUGACUUACUAUAUCUAAAGAGAUAAAUAGUAAUGAACAAAGCUUAUAAUCACUGCUGAGAAGUCUGCAAAAUCAAUUCAGUACACAGGAAUAGUCAGAUAGUAAUGCAACUGAUUGCCAAGGCAAAUGAUGGCUAGCAGACAAAAAUAACUUUCGUUCCACUGUAUGUUUCUGUGUUUGCAUGUUGGUUUGGGAAUAAUCUUCUAUGUUUUGGAAGUAAUGUCACCGAGCUGGAGUUCUUCUAGACAAGAAUUACAGUUGAUGGCUGAUAGAAGCAGGAGAGCAGCAAUUCUAUGGCUUGUAGCAGAGCAGCAAUCCUAUGGCAGUAAGAAGAGCAGCAAUCCUAUGGCAGGAAGCAGAACAACAAUCAUCCUAUGGCUGGAAACAGAGCAACAAUCCUAUGGCUUGAAGCAAAACAGCAAUUCUAUGGCUGGAAGCAGAACAGCAAUCCUAUGGCUGGAAGCAGAGCAGCAAUCCUAUGGCUGGAAGCAGAGCAGCAAUCCUAUGGCUGGAAGCAGAGCAGUAAUCCUAUGGCUGGAAGCAGAGCAGCAAUCCUAUGGCUGGAAGCAGAGCAGCAAUCCUAUGGCUGGAAGCAGAGCAGCCAUCCUAUGGCAGAUUGCAGAGGCAGGCUUCACUGCACUAAGCUUGUGGUGAUAGCCCUGCCCCCACCUAUUGUGUUAAAUCUAGGUGUUUCUGUCACUAAAGACUUAUUGAACCAAACAAAGAAAACAAUUGUUUAAAACUGGAGUAUAGACGUACCAAAAUAUCUGUAUAAAUUGUACUUUUAAUAUCUCUCUUGUUUAAAACACAUAAAUUACCCAGUCACAAAAUACCACUGAAUAACAAUGUGCAUAAAUCAAUAUGAUCAGAACAUAUUAGAUAGGAAUUGGAUAUCAGUAAACAAUAUCAAAUAUUGAAUUAUAGUUCCUAUAAUUCAUAAGUGUUAUUGUGUGUUCAGUGUAGUAUAUUGAAGCUAUACAGCUUUAUUGGAGUUGAUUAUAGGGUGUAUUGCUUUGGCUUAUAUCCCUACACUACCUACACUCACCCUUAGGAAAAAACUAUUGAAACCUUGAUAAGUAUUCACAAUAUGUUCUUGCCUUUCAGCUUAGGAAAUUGGGGCAUGUAACUGGGCACUUAAGGGCAACUUUUGUGCCUCUGUAGCUUGUACACUAUUCUGUUCAGACCCUAGGCAAUGGGGAAAAGAAAUGAAAAAAGUGCAGUUUAAAGGGGUACUCCGGUGGAAAACUAUUUUUUCUAAUCAACUGGUGCCAGAAAGU